AUGGAUUCUGGAAGCAACGAAGCCACUCGUCUCUGGCGAGUUUACCGUACAGCUCACCAAAUGGUUCACGAUCGAGGUUACGUCGUGUCCCAAAGCGAUCUUGACAUUGAAUUGGACCAAUUCAAGCGACAGUUUGCUCCUGCUGGUGAUGUCGAUCGUGAUAUCUUGACGUUUGUUGUUCCAAAGAAGGAUGAUCCCACCGAUCAACUUAUGGUCUUCUUUCCAAAGGACAAGUCCGUCGGUGUCAAGCCAUUGAGAGCCUAUGUCCAACGAAUGGCAGAACAACAAAUCCCAAAGGCUAUUUGUAUUUAUCAGCAAAGUUUGACUGCUUCAGCUGCCAAGGUCUUCCAAUCCAUGCCAUCAAAACAUACGCUUGAAUUCUUCCAAGAGAACGAAUUGCUUGUCAACAUUACUCAUCACGUGCUGGUCCCAAGACAUGAGGUUCUUACUUCUGAGCAAAAGGCUACUCUUUUACAGCGAUAUCGAUUGAAGGAAACACAGCUUCCUCGUAUACAACAUUCUGAUCCUGUGGCAAGAUAUUAUGGCUUGAAGCGUGGACAGGUUGUCAAGAUCUUGCGUGAGAGUGAGACUGCUGGCCGCUACGUUAGCUACCGACUUUGCAUAUAA